AUGACUAAACAGGACAAGUCAACAGAAGGAAAUGAUGCCAGUGAUGACAAUGAAGAAGGCAGUGCAGUUGAGAAUGAAGAAACUGCCAAAGGAACAGAUAAAGGGAGGAAGAGAGCAACACCAAGAACCAGAAGGGCACAUGCCAGAGGGAGAGACAGGCAUGGUGAUGAGGAGGAUGAGAAUGAUGAAUCUGGGACUAGGAGAACUGGGCAUCGCAGGCACAGAAACCGUAGACGAGGACGAGCUGCUGGAAAUGAGGCCAGUGAUUCUGAAAUGGAACCUGAUAAAACCAGGAAGAAUCAGGCAAAUCAGAAAUCCAAGGAAGCUGAUGAAGACGAGGAAGAUGAGAAAGGGGGUAAAAGCGGGAAAGGUAAAAAUGAGAAGAAAGGGGACAAAAAGCCUGAUAAAAAAGGGAAAAAAGAGAAGGCCAACAAGAAGAAAAAAGACAAAAAGAAAUCAGGAUCAGGCUCUGAUUCUGAAUCGGAGGAGGAGCCAAUUACAGAGGAGGAGUUGGCCAAGCUGAAAGAAGAGGUAGAAGAAAAAAAGAAACUCAUUGCCACUCUACGAAACAAGCCAUGGAAGAUGAAAAAGAAAUUGUCUGUCCUGAAGGAGGCACAGCUUUUUGUUGAAAAGUUUGAAGGUGCUCUUGGAAAAGGAAAAGGAAAAAAAUUCUAUGCAUACAAAGUGAUGAUGACGAAGAAAUGGAUGAAAUUUCAAAGAGACUUUGAAAAUUUUAAGACAGCCUGCAUACCCUGGGAGAUGAAAAUUAAGGAGAUUGAAAGUCACUUUGGCUCCUCAGUAGCAUCUUAUUUCAUAUUCUUGCGUUGGAUGUAUGGAAUAAAUAUGAUUCUCUUUGGACUAACCUUCGGUCUCGUAAUGGUGCCUGAGGCUUUGAUGGGUAAGCCAUAUGGCUCUUUGCCUAGAAAAACUGUCCCAAGAGCUGAAGAAGCAACUGCUAUGAAUUUUGCUACUCUCUGGGAUUUUAGUGGCUUUGCGCAGUAUUCUGUACUCUUUUAUGGUUAUUACAAUAACCAGAGGACAAUCGGGUGGCUCAAGUUCAGGAUGCCUCUUUCAUAUUUCCUUGUUGGAGUUGGGUCUAUUGGCUAUAGCUUUAUGAUUGUCACUCGAACAAUGGCAAAGAAUGCAAAUGACGAUGGUGGCGGGGAUGACACUAGUUUUAAUUUCAGCUGGAAAAUGUUCACAAGCUGGGAUUACCUGAUUGGCAAUCCUGAGACAGCAGAUAAUAAGUUUGCCUCCAUCACAACAAGCUUUAAGGAAGCAAUUGUGGAGGAACAGGAGAGCCGAAAAGAAGAAAAUAUUCAUUUGACUCGAUUUUUAAGGGUUCUUGCAAACUUCUUAGCCCUAUGCACACUUGCUGGAAGUGGCUACCUCAUCUUCUUUGUUGUCAGAAGAUCCCAGCAAUUUGCCUUGGAAGGUCUGGAGAACUACGGGUGGUGGGAAAGAAAUGAAGUGAACACAGUUAUGUCACUUUUAGGAAUGUUCUGUCCAACUUUAUUUGAUGUAAUCAGUUCUCUGGAAAAUUACCACCCUCGAAUAGCUCUAAGAUGGCAGCUGGGAAGAAUCUUUGCUCUUUUUCUUGGCAAUCUCUACACUUUCAUUAUCGCCCUAAUGGAUGAAAUCAACCUCAAGUUGGAAGAAGAAAAGAUAGUCAAAUAUAACAUGACAAUAUGGGAAGCCAGUCUGUACAAUGGUACUAUUCCAGAGAAUUCAACUGCUCCUCCAAUACAGGUGGAUCCUGCUGAUGUC